AUGGCGGAUUUAAACUCGUUUGUCGAAAAAACAUUAGAAUUGCUGAAUUUGGAAAGACAAGCUGAAAUAAAUGAAUCUAGAGCGUUUUAUGAAAACGCCGAUAAUACAACGUUAGAAAAUAAAGGUGUUUGCUUGCGAAAACUGGUCGUAUUUGGUAGGAAAACCGGUUUAUAUGGCCGCUCUUUGCUAACUUUGGGGAAAUCCAAGGGACAUUCUUCGAAAAAUUUGCCUCUACCAGCUCAUUGUAUUACAGCAGGUAUGACUAAUUCAAUGUACAAUAUGAUGUACAAAUGUUAGGUGUAUUAUAUUGUACAGUAUUGAUUUUGCAAUCGUUCAAAUUAUAAUAUAAUCACACACAGUGAAACUAGUUUCAAUAAAAGAGAUGACUCAGGUGAGCAGACGACCCUUUCUGGGGCCUCUAGGGAGAACGUUUAGAAUUGAUAGAGCUAUCCAGUGUAAAUAAAGUUAGUUUAGUUUAGGUUUCCUCCUGUAGUAACACUGGAUCAAUAGGAGAUGAUUCCUACUGGACCACUGGCGCUCAUUUUGUUAAAUGAGUCAACGUAACACAAGCACUUCUUACUUCAGGUGACAUUGUGGGUCUAUCUUACUCUUCUGCCGACAAUAAUGUUGCAGAACUGUCUUCUGGGAUUGUUACUCGUGUGUCAGAGACCUCUGUUGUUGUUGCGUUUGAAGAAGCAUUUGAUUUGCAAUCAUUCGAUGAGGAUCGGCUGAUGAGAGUCACUCGUUUGGCUAACGAUGUGACUUUUAAACGAAUGAAAAGGUUACUUUAAUAUAAAUUAGAAAUUUGAAUUACGGUAUAGUAAUUGAAUGAUGUGGUAUGGUAUGGUAUGGUAUGGUAUGGUAUGGUAAUGUAUGGUAUGGUAUGGUAUGGUAUGGUAUGGUAAUGUAUGGUAUGGUAUGGUAAUGUAUGGUAUGGUAUGGUAUGGUAAUGUAUGGUAUGACUUCAAACUUAAAUUUUCAAACAAAUGUUUACAAUAUAUCCCAAAAUUCCACUUUAUUUCAGAGCCCUGGAAACACUUUGUAUACCAUCCUCAUUUUGCUCGUCCCAUUUGGUUUCUGUCCUUUUUGGCGAUACUGCCAUUGGCGCACCACUGAAUUUAUCAAGCCUUGCGGGAAAUCGAGAUGAUGGCUCGGUUAGGCAGGAGGUGUUCUACAAUGCGAACCUUAACGAGAGCCAGCGUGAUGCAGUAAGGUUUGCAUUGUCAUGUCGAGACGUGGGGAUUAUUCACGGGCCGCCUGGAACAGGAAAGACCACCACAAUUGUUGAAGUUAUUGUUCAAGCUGUCAAGAAGUAUGAUUUGAAGGUAAGGUUUACUGUCGUUCCAAUUGAAGUGUUCCUCAAAUAUUGAUUCAAUACAUUACCUCGGGCUGACCAAUUCAUUUCAUCAAGUUCCUCGAGAUAUUCAUACACUUCCUGUGAAAGAGCCAAUUCCAAGUAUUUGAUAAUUUCUGGUCACUUCCUUUCUAUUUAUGAUUAGUUAGUUGCACAAACAACAAAGGUGAUUGGCGCAUUCAAACUAUUCAACAGGAAGUUUACAAUUAUACUAGGAAGUGUAUGAAUAUUUCGAGGAACUUGAUCAAAUGAAUUGGCCAGCCCGAGGUAAUGUAUUGAAUCAAUAUUUGAGGAACACUUCAAUUGGAACGACAGUAAUUAUUUAGUCUAGUUUAAUUAAGUGAACAUACUCAACAUAGAAUAGAGUGUAGUGGUAUGAUGUGAUGUAUGGUAUUCUGUGGUAUGGUAUGGUACGGUAUGGUACGAUAUGGUAUGGUACGGUAUGGUAUGGUAAAGUAUGGUGUGGUAUGAAAUAGUAUGGUAUGCUGUGCUGUAGUAUGGUGUGGUAUGGUAUGUGUUAUGGUGUGUUAUGGCUGCAUGAGGUAGUAUGGUGUGGUAUGGUAUAGUUGAUGUAGUGUGGUAUGGUGUUGUGUGGUAUUGUGUGAUAUGGUAUCAUGUGAUGUGGUUUGGUGUGGUAUGGUUGGUGACUUGGUAUAGUGUAGUAUGGUAUGGUAUGUCAUUCUAUGGUUUGGUGUAGUAUGGUAUGGCAUUCUAUGGUUUGGUCACUUUGGUGUAGUAUGGUGUGGCAUUGGUAUGGCAUUCUAUGGUUUGGUGUAGUAUGGCAUGGUAUGAUGGGGUACGGAGUAGUUUUAUGUGAUACAGUUUUGUUUGGUAUGGUAAUGUUUCACUGUAAGUGUUAUGUGAUACAGUUUUGUUUGGUAUGGUAAUGUUUCACUGUAAAUUGCUGUAUUUCUAUGUUUUACAGAUCUUGGCAUGUGCGCCAUCAAACAUUGCUGUUGAUAAUAUUUUGGAAAGAUUGGUUAAGUACAAAAUUAAAGUAAGCCAUAUUUACGAAAUUAUAAUUUUGCACAAUAUCCUUUUGCUAUUAUUAAACUCGCAGUAAGAUUUGCAUGAUUUCAAAAAUAGAUGUUGUAUUUGCUGGUGACAAAAUUAAAUUUCAGAUACCCAAUUUGACACAAUUACCCAGACUCUUUCUGUAGCUCGUAUACAUCGUUCUUCUCUUCAACAGUUUGUUUCGUUCGUGCAAAAACAUGAUAUGCUAUAUCUUCUCAAUUAAGGCAGUACGUCUAGGUCACCCAGCUCGCGUGAUGGAGAAGAUUCACAGUUAUUCCCUCGAUGCAAUCCUUGAUUCAUCUCAUGAUACAACCAUUGUUAAAGAUGUUAGGAGAGACAUUGACCUGACUUUGGUAUGUGUUUAGUAGAGCUAGUAAAACUUGCAUGGCAGUGAGUCUGUCAAGACGAACCGUACGUGGUUGGAAUUGAUUUUUGAGGAUGAUCCCCUUUGCUCAGGGCAAGCUAAAUUAAAGUAACGUAUUAAGACUUGAUAGCUUUAUCAGUUCUAAACUGUUCUUCCUAGAGGUCCAGUAUGGAUCAUCUCUUAUUGAUCCAGUGUUACUGCAGGAGGAAACCUAAACUCAACUAACUUUAUUUAUACUGGAUAGUUCUACCAGUUCUGAACUGUUCUCGAUCCCUAGAUCUCCAGUAAGGAUCAUCUCUUAUUGAUCCAGUGUUACUACAGGAGGAAACGUGAACUAAACUAACUUUAUUUAUACUAGAUAGCUUUAUCAGUUCUAAACUAUUCUUCCUAGAGGUCCAGUAAGAAUCAUCUCUUAUUGAUCCAGUAUUACUACAGGAGGAAACCUAAACUAAACUAACUUUACUUAUACUGGAUAGCUCUACGGGAAAAACAUGUAGUCACAAAUUAAUCUAAUCCCGAAUCCAGUGACAGACAGUGGUACUGGAAGCGAAAUCUGAGCCUCUCUAAUCUUGCAUUCCUAGCGAAAACUUCAAGGCAGCCGAAACUCCGGAGAAAGAUCAAGACUACGAACAGAGAUCAAGACACUGCGCAAAGAAUUGAGAGAACGCGAGGAGAAAGCACUGAAACAGAUCCUUCAAAAUGUCCAGGUCAUAUUAUCCACCAAUGUAUCCGCUUCGAACGAUGGGCCGUUGAAACAUCUCCCGAGGGACCAUUUUGAUUUGGUGAUCAUCGAUGAGGCUGCUCAGUCAUUGGAGGCUGCAUGUUGGAUACCGUUGCUAUGGGCACCUAGGUGAGUGAUGUUGUCAUGGUGAUAAUGACGUGAGCAUCCUGACAGCAAGAGAAGGGCCUAUCAAUCCGAAGCUUUCUUGCAAUACCUGCCCGCAUCUUUUAUUAGACAGAUUUAGAUCGAGGACGCGGACGUCAAAGACGACGUUAAAAUGGCGUCAAAAUGGCGUGGUAUAUCCAUACAUGGGCACAACACGCCAUUUUCACGUCGUCUUUGACGUCCGCGUCCUCGAUCUAAAUCUGUCUAUUAACUCAAUAAGCCGCCAUGAUCCCAAACGCCCCUACAUUGUUUUUUUACUCUUUCUAACACCUGACAAUUUUAUUCCAGGUGUGUUUUGGCUGGAGAUCAUAAACAGCUGCCACCGACCAUAAUGUCACGUGAUGCUGCACGGCGGGGACUGGAAGAGACUUUGAUGGAAAAAGUUAUAAAGAUGCUGGGUGACAAAGUUGUUCAUAUGUUGACCACACAGUACAGGUAUGUAUGUCACGUGUUGUUUACAUGUUAUUCACAUGUUGCUCACAUGUUUUUUGCAUGUUGCUGACAUGUUUUUCACAUGUUCUUUGCAUGUUGUUCACAUGUUGCUCACAUGUUGCUCACAUUUCUUUGCAUGUUGUUCACAUGUUGCUCACAUGUUCUUUGCAUGUUGUUCACAUGUUGUUCACAUGUUGUUCAAGUGUUGUUCACAUGUUGUUCACAUGUUGGACACAUGUUCUUUGCAUGUUGUUCACAUGUUGUUCAAGUGUUGUUCACAUGUUGUUUACAGUUCACAUGUUGGACACAUGUUCUUUGCAUGUAGCUCACAUGUUGUUCAAGUGUUGUUCACAUGUUGGACACAUGUUGGACACAUGUUCUUUGCAUGUUGUUCAAGUGUUGUUCACAUGUUGUUUACAUGUUAUUCACAUGUUGGACACAUGUUCUUUGCAUGUAGCUCACAUGUUGUUCUUGUGUUGUUCACAUGUUGUUGUUCACAGGAAGUCCACAUGUUCCCAUAGUUUAUCUGUUUCCCGUUUUAUAGAAUGCACGAAAUAAUCAUGAGUUGGUCAUCGGAACAACUUUAUGAUGGAAAACUGCUGGCCGAUGUGUCUGUGGCGCAGCAUUUAUUAUGUCACUUGCCGGACGUGAACGAUACGGAACUGGCAUCGUUGCCGUUGUUGAUGAUUGAUACCGCUAGCUGUGAUUUGUACGAACUGCAGGCGCAGGACGAGGAAUCCAAGGGCAACGAAGGCGAAGCUGACGUUGUGGCAGCGCAUAUCGAGGGACUGGUAGAGAGCGGUGUGAAACAACAGGAUAUAGGAGUCAUAACGCCGUAUAAUCUACAGGUUAUCGGAUAUGUUCUUUUUAUACUGGAUAGCACUUUAUAUAAUAACUGCAGUGAAACACGCAAUUUGAUUGGUCAACAGCCGUGCAGGAUCAGACUAUCCUGCACGAUGAAUUAAAAUGCCUUCGCAGGAUUCUCAAAAUGUCAUUGUUUCACUGUAGUUAUUUUAUAGAACAAUUACCAAAUGAGCCAUCAGAUCACGACACUUUUGUAUAUAAAAAGGGCGCGUGAAUUGAGCAAGUCACAUAUUAUUAGCACUGUUGAAGAUCCGGGCUUACGGAUCGAAAGCUUUGCAGUAAUAAAUUUACGUGAUGUUUCCACAAACAAAACUAUUAUAUAAUUACCAAAUGGUUUUCCAAGCAGGAUAGCGUGAUCCAUGCACUUGGGAUGUUGCUCGACUUUCGGAAAGCGUGAAAAUACACUCGCCUGCGACUCGAGUAUUUUUACGCUUUCCGAAAGUCUCGCGACAUCCCUCGUGCAUGGAUCACGCAAUCCUGCACGGAAAACCAUCCGGUAUUUCUUUAAUCUAAACUGUUCUCUCGUUCUUAACGCCGUGGAAAACCGCCUUAAAGGUCUAGUAAGUUCAACCUUCUUUCUUCCCCAACUUCAAUCGAUAUCUUGGUUUUAUCUCGGUUUUAUCCUCUGUUAUCAAGGUGGAACUCCUGAGGUCCCGUUUAUCCAGCAAAUACCCAGCGCUCGAGAUCAAAUCAGUGGAUGGUUUCCAGGGACGGGAAAAGGAAGCCAUAGUUAUAUCAAUGGUGCGCUCGAAUACAAAACGUACGAGACUUCUGUAAAAGUAUUUAUAAAAUAACAUGUAUAUAACGCGUGCUCUGAUUGGUCGAAACCCGUGUUUGGAUCAGGCCAUCCAAACACGGAAAUUUAAAGUGAAAGUUUUUUAAAGUGAAAUUUUAACACGGAAAUUUGUUAUUUUAUAAAACAAUUACUUUAUGGUUUCCGUGUUUGGAUGGCCUGAUCCAAACACUUGGGAAUGUUGCUCGACGCGCGCUUUUCGCGCGUUUUUCUUAACUCUCGCAACAUUCCCGCGUGUUUGGAUCAGGCCAUCCAAACACGGAAACCAUAAAGUAAUUGUAUAUUCUUGUCCUUGCAUCUAUAUUACAACAUUGUAAUGCGCAUAUGGUCUGCAACCAUACUCACUAAAAUGUUUCUGUAUUCAACAAAAUUCUACCUUAACAAGCUUUCGCUGAUGUUUAGGCGAGAUAGGCUUCUUGGCUGAGAACCGAAGAAUGAACGUAGCUGUUACGAGAGCACGACGACAUCUUACGAUGGUUGGCGAUUCCAGUACGGUCGGUCACGAUCCUUUCCUGAGCUCUCUUGUUGAGUAUAUCAGCGCUCACGGCGAGGUAUGGUCGGCUGAACAGUAUCGGUCUCAUAUAAGCGGGGAUACUACGCGAAUAGGUAAGGAUAUAAUUUUUAUCAGUUUCCUCCUGUAGUAACACUGGAUCACUAAGAGAUGAUCCUUACUGGACCUCUAGGGAGAACAAUUUAGAAUUGAUAGAGCUAUCCAGUAUAAGUAAAGUUAGUUUAGUUUAGGUUUCCUCCUGUAGUAACACUGGAUCACUAAGAGAUGAUCCUUACUGGACCUCUAGGGAGAACAAUUUAGAAUUGAUAGAGCUAUCCAGUAUAAAUAAAGUUAGUUUAGUUUAGGUUUCCUCCUGUAGCAACACUUGAUCAAUAAGUUAUAAGAGAUGAUCCUUACUGAAUCUCUGGGAAGAACAGUUUAGAAUUCUAAACAAUUCUAACAAUUGUUAGAGUUAUCCAGUAUAAAUAAAGUUAGUUUAGUUUAGAUUUCCUCCUGUAGUAACACUGGGUCAAUAAGAGAUGAUCCUUACUGGACCUCUAGAGAGAACAGUCUAGAACUGAUAGAGCUAUCCAGUGUAAGUAAAGUUAGUUUAGUUUAGGUUUCCUCCUGUAGUAACACUGGAUCAAUAAGAGAUGAUCCUUACUGGACCUCUAGGAAGAACAGUUUGGAACUGAUAGAGCUAUCCAAUAUAAAUAUAGUUAGUUUAGUUUAGGUUUCCUUCUGUAGUUACACUGGAUCAAUAAAAGAUGAUUCUUACUGGACCUCUAGAGAGAACAGUUUGGAACUGAUAGAGCUAUCCAAUAUAAAUAUAGUUAGUUUAGUGUAGGUUUCCUUCUGUAGUUACACUGGGUCAAUAAGAGAUGAUCUUUACUGGACCUCUAGGAAGAACAGUUUGGAACUGAUAGAGCUAUCCAGUAUAAAUAAAGUUAGUUUAGUUUAGGUUUCCUCCUGUAGUAAUACUGGAUCAAUAAAAGAUGACCCUUACUGGAUUACUAGGGAGAACAGUUUAGAACUAAUAGAGCUAUCCAGUAUAAAUAAAGUUAGUAAUUCGAGCAAUGCUUUUACAACUAUUUUACAGCAAGUAGAACUAGCACGAAGACAUCGAACGAAGACAAAUCUAAGUUAAAGAAUUCGAAACAACACAAAGAAAAGAGCAAUUCAAACACCGAGUAUGUAUCCAAAAAGAAACAUGAGAGGAAACUGGACUCCCUCAAAAAUUCAAACAACAAACCACAAUUUUUAUUUACUUUGCUGGAUAACGAAGGACAAACAGAUACAACAGUGGACAAUACAGAAAAACUUGAGGGACAGAUUAAAGCGUUCCUAUAUGAUCCUACGAGAUCCGAACUUGUGUUUUCCACUGAUUUGACUUCUCAAGAGCGUUUCACAGUUCAUCGUCUCGCGGAGGAGUUUGGGCUUGAGCAUGUCAGCAAGGGGACUGGGGAGGAACGUUUCAUUGCCGUUGCUAAGAAACGAACGUCGGAUGAAGGUAAGCUUUGUUCUGAAUUUCAUGUAUAGAAUGUUCAACAUCAGAUCACUUUAAGGUAGCUCACAUUCAAGAACAUGUACUACUUCUGUAUAAUCUAACCAUGCUUAACUAAGCAGUGAGUUCUUUAUAACAUCAGAUCACUUUAAGGUAGCCCACAUUCAAGAACAUGUACCACCUCUGUAUGAUCUAACCAUGCUUAACUCAGCAGAGAGUUCUGUACAACAUCAGAUCACUUUAAGGCAGCCCACAUUCAAGAACGUGUAUUACCUCUGUAUGACCUAACCAUGCUUAACUCAGCAGUGAGUUCUGUGCAACAUCAGAUCACUUUAACGCAGCCUACAUUCAAGAACAUGUACUACCCCUGCAUGAUCUAACCAUGCUUAACUCAGCAGUGAGUUCUGUAUAACAUCAGAUCACUUUAAGGCAGCCUACAUUCAAGAACAUGUACCACCUCUGUAUGAUCUAACCAUGCUUAACUCAGCUGUAAGUUCUGUAUAACAUCAGAUCACUUUAAAAUAGCUCACAUUCAAGAACAUUUACUGCUUCUGUAUGAUCAUCUAACCAUGCUUAACUCAGCAGUGAGUUCUGUACAACAUCAGAUCACUUUAAUGUAGCUCACAUUCAAGAACAUGCACUACCUUUGUAUGAUCUAACCAUGCUUAACUCAGCAAUGAGUUCUGUACAACAUCAGAUCACUUUAAGGUAACCCACAUUCAAGAAGUCAACGUGUAUUACCUCUGUAUGAUCUAACCAUGCUAAACUCGGCAGUGAGUUCUGUGCAACAUCCGAUCACUUGAAGGCAGCCUACAUUCAAGAACAUGUACUACCUCUGCAUAAUCUAACCAUGUUUAACUCAGCACUGAGUUCUUUUACAACAUCAAAGAACUCAACCGUUAUAAUUUUAGAUCCAGAUAUCGUUGAAACCGAAAGAGCGACGAAGAAAGCCGAAUACAAUACGGAAAUGAUCGAAACUGAACCGAGCGACAACACGAAUAUUUGCCAGUUUUGUGGAAAACAGAUACCAGGAUUAAACAUGAGCUUACAUGAAAUAAGGUGCGAACAAGGCAGACAACGGGAGAACAACACACUGUCAGGUAAUGUAGCGAUAUCAGUGGGUAAUAGUUCUGGUAAAAAGAAGGUUAAAAAGGGCAGGAGCGCUAAAAAGAACGAAAACACGGGAAACUUAGACGGUAAAAACGAUACUGGCGACAAAAACGACGAACAAAGCGAAAAUAUGAAAAAGUUAGACGAACUUUUGGCAGACUUUAAAAGAAAGGAUUCGCAGUGCGCGUUGCAAGAUUGUAAAAAGAGUAUUUUGACUGUUGGGCAAAAAUGCGAGUUUUGUUUGAAGGUAUAUUGUCUAGGCCACCGUUUCCCAGAAGUCCAUGGCUGUACCCAGGCCGCAAAAGAACACGCGCGAUCUGCAACAGGUGCCACAAGACAAGUGUCUCAGAAAGCAGCGGCCAAAAGAGGACAUUUGGAAAGAAAAUUGGAAAGUAGAAUCAAGGACAUGCAAGGUAAUCGUAGAACCAAACAUAAGGAUGGAAAAUAGUAUUAAAAUUCUUUGAAUAUUUAGUUUGAUACUUUUCUACACACAUCCUGUCACAUCAUACGAGAGUUGUGAGUAUGUCUUUGCUUUCUUUCGAAGCAGACGCUGACACAAUUGCCUGCGGGCGUGGGUGACGCACGAUAUGUGCAUAAAGGUUAAGAAAAAAGAACAAAAAAUUAGAAAAUUAAUCACUGGAAGCUCUAGAGACAGGGUUUCCUGAUAGGCAAAUACAAACCUGCUGUACUUAGAGAAAUUUGGCUAACAUUUGUUUAUACCUAAUUCACAACUCGCAUGCCUAAUUAUCAUUGUUCUUGUAUACAGAAGCAUGGAAUAGACAAAGGUAACUAAGGGCGCUUUCCGUUUAAUAGCCUGACCGGUCAGACCCGAAUUUUUGUCUCUGUUUCAAUGGAAAGAUCUGGCCUAUGUUUCUCAAAUAUCUAGCGAAAAUGGACCUCAUUCUAAUUUUAUCUAAAUUUUCCGGUCAGAUGGGUCCAAAGCCCAAACGUUUUGUGUUUCAUUCAACAACUUGACCGUUCUGACCGGUCUGGCCGUGUUAAUGGAAAGCGCCCUAAGCUUGAGAAUAAUACAUAAUUCUAAUGCUUUUAUUUUAUGCUUCUGUAAACUAGAACAAUAGUAACUAGACAUGCGAGUUUUCUAAAGUUGUGGAUGGACAACUUGCAUGUUCGACUAAAUUUUAAUCUAAGUAAAGAGAAGGGAAUCAAACACAACAGUUAAAAAGAACAUAAUGAAAUUAGUAAAAGUGCAAAAUUUGGUUGCGAAAUGUUGUAAAAUACAGAAAAUAUAGCCUUGCGAAGUUUGCAUAUUUUCAGUAUAUUUGUGUUUCCUCCUGAAUUAUUAAUUUUUGAGUUUUUGAAAGGCUAAUACAAACCUACAUUUUCAAGGUUUUGUCUGAUCAAUGCAUGUGGAAAAGUGCAAUAUGUAAAUACGUAAAGGAUAUGAUCUUUUGAGUAGAUCCUGGAAUCAAAAUAAUUGAGAUCCAACGAGGCUGCUAGCUUUUUUGCCAAGCUGCAAAGUCUCUGAAAAAUACGUUAAAAAGAAUGUUUUUCAAAAUAUAACAAUACAACAUGC